GUUCAAGUUAUUGUGGUCCUCUUGGUGGCUGCCGAGGAACGCUUUCAGCUAGGCAAUGGCCAGGACUUUGUUUCAGCCAACACACACAAAGGCUUUUUAGCUUCGCCUUUGUUUCCAUUUGCCUCCGUCUCGCAGGAGCGCCGGCGCUCGAAUGAAUAAACUUCACCCGUGCGCACCUCUCCUGAACCCGCGCUUCCUCUCUUCAGUUCGGUCGCUGUUGCUCCACUGGGGAUGAAUCCGACACAUCUCUCCGCUCCGAGUAACGAUUCCCAGCAAACUGAUCCUGAUGAAACAGAUUUUCCUUUAACUCCAUUUCCACUUCGUGCACCUCAUCGCUUCUGUCAUGGCCCUUCGCCUCUUUCCCGCUUCGCUCGGGACGAACGGUAUUAUAGGGCGUCAGCCAGUUCGUCAUGGUUUCCCUGCCCACCAGCACCACCGCCAGAUUUGUUGCAGCCUUACCAGCCACGGUCUCCUGACUGGUGGCAAGAGCUCUACACCCUACCUCCCGGGUUUGAAAACGCAUCGAAACGAGGUCAUUAUCCUCUCUCCGGCUUCUUCAUGCUGGGGCGUUUGUGCGCCAGAGAGUCAUCUAAUAUCCUAGAUGUUCCCCUGCCUGCGAUGGAAAUGGACCCUAGUGAUGACGAAGACUCAUUUAUGGACGAUGAUGAGGAAGAUGACGAUAGCAUGGAUUUAGACGAUCCUUGUCCUCAUCAAUCAGCAUCCCCCGAACCAAGGCCCGCAUUUCCCUUCUGGUCAAUCCCUCUCAGUGACCCUCAUGUGGGAAUGCUCCAGCAUAAGGAGAGGAAUCCUGAAGCUGAGACUUGGCUGCGUCAAUAUAGGUGGCACUUCCUUCACAGCUUUCCGCCCUUGCUGUAUGACUACUUCCAAGCCAUGCUCCAGCGGAGAGCGCAAGGAGGCCUAACGGACACAGAUAUCCAUCUUUUGGCUUCUUAUCAAUCCUUGCCGAUUGAUGUACGAACAGCACUGGAUCCCGCAAAAGACAUUCAUCGGCUUUUCCGGGCUCUGAAUACGCCACUAGGUAAAGAGCCGGAUGGAGACAUGGAAGAAGGUUGCGAUGCGCCUAGUGUCUUCCCAAGUAACGUUCCCUCCCAUGUUCUCCCCCGUAUCUCUCAACCAUCAGGAGAGACUAAGAACAAGGGGAAAUUCGAGCGUGAGCGACGGGACUCUUUUCCCAGGCUGCAGAAUAUCUCUGCGAUGCAUAUGUGGAAUACCAAUAAAUGCCAACCAAUGGGGUCCGUUGAUGCCCAAGAAACUUUGGAAUACGAAGCAGAGCGUGACCUUACGCGCCGGUGGUUCAUCUCGAUGGCCUCUAGGGAAUGCCCUAUCGACAUGAGGAAACAUGCAAUGGCGCUCCGGUGGAAGCGAGUUGUGUGGGGUUGGAACGAUUUCGGGAUGAACGAGUUCAUGCGGCACUGUCAGAGCAUCCGGAAUAAUCGGAUACAGAAGACGAACGAGUAUUGGGCACAGUGCACGGUGGAAGUGUAUGGAAAGAAAUUUCCCGUUCGUCAUUUUUCGUCAAGUUGGAGACCGUAUCAUGGCGUACCACCAGAUUGAAAAAAGAAAAAAAAAGGAAUAAAGACGAAGUCGUUUCCCUGCCUUCGCACAGAUGCACGUUCACCACAUCACUCCCCAGAAUUAGCUACACAUACUACAUAGAUGUAUCUUUAAUAGCUUGUAUUGAUGCUGUGUUUUCAUGUAAUACAUUGGCCCCCCACCUACCCUUUAACU